AUGAAGCUCACUAAAGCCAUUUCGUUCAUACUCGUCGCUCUCAGCCCCGUCCUUGUUGAAGCAGGCCCUAUUGCCUAUGGCAUAUGUCAGACAGGUUGUAAUACAGUUGCCGUCGCAUGCUAUGCUGCCGCCGGCUUCACUUUUGGGACCGUGGUUGCUGCCGCUGCCGCGCCUGCCGCAAUACUCGCCUGCAAUUCCGCGUUGGGGACUUGUUCUACCGCGUGCGCAACAGUGGCCUUGUUGGCCCCAACCCCUUGA